AAGACUUCUCCAUUCCACAGCAAGCUUCCUAUCUCCUCUCGCACAUCCACUUCUUUGUUUUGAUUUUGGGUUAAAGACGAUGUCUACGCAAGUCGAGUAUCAUGAAGACCCUAAGUUCAACGAGAGUAUGGCUUCCACACACUCAGAAAAGAGUUUUGUCAGCGAAAUGUACAAGCACCAACCGCUCGAUACAAGCAAGCACCAGAUUCGACUGCUCAGGAUCGACACUUCAUCAGGAAAGCCAAUGCACUAUCGUCUUGAAAUAUUUGAUUACGAAAGUGUUCCACGGUAUGCAGCCCUUUCAUACACGUGGGGAAACGAUGCUUCUAAGAACGCUAUCUUCAUUGAUGGAAAACCCUUUCAAAUUCUACCUAAUCUUUUUGCAUUCCUCGAACAUUAUCAGUCGAGUGCAUACAUAUGGAUCGAUCAGAUCUGCAUCAAUCAGUCUAAUCAUCAAGAGCGGAACCAUCAAGUUUCAUUGAUGUGUAAGAUCUAUGAAGGAUGCAAGCUCAUGCUGGUCUGGCUACGAGAUGACGCAACCUUUACUCCCUCGACGAAUCAGGCAGCAACAGACUUCAUGAAAGGAGUGGAUGCGUAUUGGAAUCAAGAUACUUGCGAGAUAAAAGCCAAAGACGGCAGAGUGUCUCUCCGUUGGCCGGCACUUUCUCUGCUGCGCAAUCCAUAUUUUGAUCGAUUGUGGAUUGUUCAAGAGUUAUUGCUCGCAAAGAGUAUACUCAUUCUAGUUGAAGGCAACGUGUGGAUCCCAUGGUGUCCAUUAAGAGAAAAACAUACAAGUCUUUGGGGCGAAGUUCGAUCUUUGAUACCGAGCACCAUUUGGUUGUUAGAGGCAUACCCGACCAGAUUCUUGUUUGCCGGUCAUACCUCAAAGAGUCUAUCGUGGAACAUUACUCUCACUGCUGGAAGGUAUUUUAAUAAGAUAUGUAAAGAUCCUCGAGACAAGGUCUACGGCUUCAUGGCUCUCGUUGCCCCUUCACACAAGAUUGCAGUUGACUACCAGAAGUCGGUCCAAUGCGUAUUUCUUGACGCGAUCAUGGCGAUGAUAAGGGAUUUCUGGUUUAUGAAACGCGACAUUCCAGAAUAUGGACGCGAUCUCUUUCGAAUAAAGGGGGAUCUUGACUCCAGCAUAGAUUCAUCGCACGGCCUCGCACAAGCUAUGAUUUCCACAGAUCUUGAAAAGUAUGGUCUCAAGUCUUUCGUCGAAGGUGUAUGGGAGAGGGUUCGUCAGUAUGAAUCAACAGCCAGAUACUUGGAGCCAGGAGCUGUUGACGAGAUCGAUUGCAUUACAUCAGUCGGGUUCGAGCCAGGAAAUCAUCAAUCAUCUGGAGAUGUGCCCCGGACAACGUCUUGUGCCCGAUGGUGGUACGAGUUCGAGGGCACAAGGUACUAUCAUGACUGCAAAGAAUGGUCAGGGGAUUGGACACUCCAAGAAUAUACCGAGUCAGCCGAGGACGGUUCUUAGCCUAUUCUCGUAAUUAUGGCUGUCCAUCGAUCAAAAAGCGCAGUUAAUAUUAUCGAUGUGGCCGGGCCUUUGCAGAUUGGCGUUGUUAAAUUGGACAAAUGCUUCCACGGUUCUACUAUGUGCGCGUAUAUAUGUGUGUAUGUAUAUAUUUACAAUAAUAUCCCGCCAGC